AUGCAAGUCGACAAAAACAAGAGCUUCCGCCCAAAGAAGCGCAUUGAAAAAGGUCAGCGUGGGUAUGGUCUCAAACAAAUAGCUAAGAUGACACUUGGGUCAGGGAAUUUGGAUUUGGCAGUUGAAGUUCCUGUAGGAGAAGAUUUGAACGAAUGGUUUGCUGUCAAUACUAUAGAAUUCUAUAAUGAAAUUAACCUGAUCUACGGAGCCUUGACUGAGUUCUGUACUCCUGAAUCGUGCCCUGUUAUGUCAGCUGGGCCUAAGUAUGAAUACUUAUGGGCAGACGGACAAAACGUGAAGACUCCUUUAAAAGUUUCUGCAAGUGAGUAUAUCGAUUUCUUGAUGACUUGGGUCGAAAGUCAGCUCAACAAUGAGCAUCUAUUCCCAACCCAGCUUGGAGUUCCUUUCCCAAAGAACUUCUCGUCUACAAUUAAAGUGAUUUUCAAGCGACUCUUCAGAGUUUAUGCUCAUAUAUACCAUACCCACUUCCAACAUAUUAUGACUUUAGGAAUGGAGUACCAUUUGAACACCUGUUUUAAGCAUUUCAUUUUCUUUAUUGAUCGCUUUAAGCUAGUCGAUCAAAAAGAGCUUGCACCGCUGGCAGAACUGAUUCAGCAGUUCAGAGAAAGGGGAAGAGAAAGGAUGGAAAGAGAAGCUCUUGGACAAAGGCAUUAA